AUUGUGGACAGAAAGUUAUGAACGGAAGAAGAGAAAAUCGGUAAGUAGUUAAAUUUUUGGUUUUUUUGGUGUGAAUACUAGAUAAUCAUAAUGAGAAUACAAAAUAAAUAAUAUAAGUUACGGAAAAAUCAAACAAAUACAUUUUGCGCCGGACGUGUCGAAAAAUAAUUGGCAAAUGCCGAACGUAUGAUAGUAUUUAGAGCAGCUUGAGUUCAUAUAAAGACAUUAAUUUUAGCUAGCCAGUAUUGAUUUCUGUUAUCAAUAAUGGAGUGUAAGUAUAUAUGAAAUAUCAUGUAACAUAAAUAUCCCCUUACGUCCGUCAUCAACAUUAUUGUAUUUCAGUGGGGACAAGCGAAUGAAGAGAGGAGCUGCGGCCUGUUUUUAGUAAUUAAAUUUAAUGCUUUAAGUGUCGCAUUGUAUUAAUAUUACCAAACGACCGCAGCGACACUGUUGUUAUGUAUUUCAUACAAAUGUUUAUUUAUAUUGGUGUUCACGUAACGUCUACGCUUAAAAUUAUGAGUGAGUUAAUUUUAAGUCAUACCACAAGACCGCUGUCGACAUUCAGGUACCCAAGCGAGACCGACAACGGCGCAAAAAGAGCCCCAGAUUCUCCGGAAAUACAAACUGAAACCCUAGAUUACAAAAAAUAUGAAGACAGAAUAAAAUCUUUUGUAAACUGGCCAAAUAAUCAAAUCGCGAUUGACGUUUUAGCGAAAGCUGGUUUCUACUAUAAAAAUCACGAGGAUGUUGUCGAAUGCCCCUAUUGUAAUAUAGAGGGGUACCAGUGGGUGGCCGAUGACAAUCCAAUGGAGGACCAUAGAACUUGGAGUCCAAAUUGUCCAUUUGUAGCGACCAGUGUGGAACACGAUAAUUCCUCAAACGAAACCACCCGAACUGUAGAUACUUGCGGUUUGUACGGCGGUUUGGAAGUCCUACCCAAUUCAGUUCCUGAAGACGAAAGGCGUAUGGUGAAUUUAGAGCGGUUGGGAAUACCUAAGAAUAAGGGUUUGGCGCACCCAGAGAAAUUUACUUACGAAAGUCGUAUUAAAACGUUUGGUCUUUGGCCGAAAUCCAUUAAACAAACGCCCCACGAUUUGGCAGACGCCGGUUUCUUUUAUCUGGGAGUGGGAGACCAGACAUUGUGCUUCCAUUGUGGAGGUGGACUAAAAGAUUGGGAAGAAAACGACGAUCCCUGGGAGGAGCACGCUUUAUGGUUCCCCAAAUGUAACUAUUUAUUAUUGAAAAAGGGCGCGGAAUACGUGGAACAGGUGAAACAGAAAAAGCACCCCAAAGCGGGAACAAGUCAACCUAAAGAAGAAACCAAAGAGAAAACUGAAGAAUCGAGUGCUAGUAAGUGUGAAAGUGUUUCGGAGGCGGUGCAAGAGGCCGACAAGACUUUAUGCAAAAUUUGUUACAAGAACGAGCUGGGCGUGGUUUUCCUGCCAUGCCGUCACAUUGCCGCUUGCGUGGAUUGCUCGGUGGCUUUGAAGAACUGUGUUGUUUGUCGUGCGCCCCUCGAAGCGACUGUCCGCGUGUUCAUAUCAUAAAAAUGUCACCUUUUCUUUAUUUAUGUAUUUCUUCCAUUGCAUCUCAUGAAAAUUUCUAUUCUAGUCAAAACUUUGUUAGAACAUCCACGGGGAAAAAUUAUAACAUUCGAGUUUGUUUAAAUAUCCUGGAAGAUAAAAUUCUAUUUCCGUAUAUCGACGCCGGACUAGAGUACAAACUUUUUUUUAGUUCUAGGUUUACUACUACGCUUCAUUUAAUCGUAAGUCCCCAGACGCUUAUAAAAAUAGUUUUCACUAAUUUUAUUAUUUCACGACUGCAACCACUCAUAUCCUUAAUAGAAAGACUAAUAAAUUCGAGAAUGGUGAUUUUCGGAGAAAGCGCCAGUCCGAUUAAGAGAUAUAGAAGUUCUAUUAACAUGGCACAUUUUAAAUGUAUUAUCUACUUGUCUAUGUUAAGCAGUAAAUACUAUAUUUAUAGAA